AUGGCCCCACCUCCUGCUGUCGUUGCCCACCCCCUCUCCUCUCAGGCUACUGGUCUUGAUAUGGUCCAUGAGUUCAACCAGAAGCUCACUAAGUCUGAUGAGCACACUUGGGAGUCUUUCAAGUUCGCCCCCAUCCGUGAGUCCACUGUCUCUCGAGCUAUGACUCGACGAUACUUUGAGGAUCUUGACAAGUACGCUGAGUCUGAUGUUGUUAUCAUUGGAGCUGGCUCCUGUGGUCUCUCUGCUGCCUAUGUUCUUGCCAAGAGCCGACCCGACCUCAAGAUUGCCAUCGUUGAGGCUGGUGUUGCUCCCGGAGGAGGUGCUUGGCUUGGAGGACAGCUCUUCUCUGCCAUGGUUAUGCGAAAGCCUGCCGAGCAGUUCCUUGAAGAGAUCGGUGUCCCUUACGAAGAUGAGGGAGACUACGUCGUUGUUAAGCACGCUGCCCUUUUCACCUCUACUCUCAUGAGCCAGGUGCUCAAGUUCCCCAAUGUUAAGCUCUUCAACGCUACUGCCGUUGAGGACCUCAUUACCCGAAAGGAUGCCCAGGGCAACCUUCGAAUUGCAGGUGUCGUCACCAACUGGACCCUAGUUUCCAUGCACCAUGAUGACCAGUCCUGUAUGGACCCCAACACCAUCAAUGCUCCUAUCAUCAUCUCCACCACUGGUCAUGACGGCCCAUUCGGUGCCUUCUCUGUCAAGCGACUUGUCUCCAUGAACGCCAUUGAGAAGCUAGGUGGCAUGCGAGGUCUUGACAUGGGCCUUGCUGAGGAUGCUAUUGUUAAGCGAACCCGAGAGAUCGUCCCCGGCCUGGUUGUCGGUGGUAUGGAGCUGUCUGAGGUUGACGGUGCCAACCGAAUGGGUCCCACUUUCGGUGCUAUGGCCCUCAGUGGAGUCAAGGCUGCUGAGACUGUUCUUGAGGUGUUUGAUACUCGAAAGAAGCAGAACCAGGAGUAA